CACCAGAGAGGGCAGGCUGGAUCCACAGACGGACUGAUCACGACACUGCAGACCGGGGACAGCGAGGCGGCGAAAUGACGACGCCCGUGACGCCAGGCGGCGGCGGAGGCAGCGGCGGCUCAGCGUCAGUCCGGAGCGCGCCCACAUUCUACGAGCGAGAGCGCGAGAAGCUCGUCGCUGAAAUCGCAGAGGGCCUCGAGGUGAUUCUGGGCAACGCAAACGCGCUCAACCGCAAGCUCGAAGAGUCCAUCAGCGUCGGACACGAAUUCGCGCCCAUUGCCCAUCUCUGGGGGCAAUUUGCCGAUCUCAUGAGCGCCGCGGGCAUCGACCCGGCGAAGGAGCAGCAAGGCAGCGCUGCUGGGACGGCAUCGAUGGCUUCUUCCACGACACAUGCAGACGGGAACCAAGAGGCAGAGGAGAGGAGGGACGACGAAGGCCCGUUACCGAGGGGCGUCGCGCCCGGUGGUGGUAUCGUGUACGGCAGGGAUGCCUAGGCACAACAUGUAGUGAUACGAGAGGGAAUCCAAUCAGAAUUGAAGCAGAGGAG